AGGUGCCAGCCCCUCAUGGGGCUGACCUGGAAGAAGCGGGUCCUGGCGGCCCUGCUGGGGGCUGCGGUGGCCUCAGGCCUCACCACGCUCAUUCUCAUCCUGGUGGAGGCCACCAGCGUCCUCCUGCCGGCAGACACCAAGUUUGGGGUCGUGUUUGACGCCGGGUCCUCCCACACAUCCCUCUUUGUGUACCAGUGGCCGGCAGACAAGGAGAAUAACACAGGUGUGGUCAGCCAGGCCCUGGCCUGCCAGGUGAAAGGGCCUGGAAUCUCCUCCUACGCCUCGGAUCCCACCCAGGCUGGCGAGAGCCUGGAGGACUGCCUGGAGGCGGCAGUGGCACUGGUCCCGGAGGCUCGGCGUCGGGAAACGCCCCUGUUCCUUGGGGCCACAGCCGGCAUGAGGCUGCUCAGCCAGAAGAACAGCUCCCAGGUGGGAGACAUCCUCGCGGCGAUCAGUCGGGUCCUGGGCCGGUCUCCCCUGGACUUCUGGGGUGCUGAGCUCCUGGCUGGGCGGGAUGAAGGUGCCUUAGGUUGGAUUACCAUCAACUACGUCCUGGGCGUGCUGGUCAAGUAUUCCUUCUCUGGAGAAUGGAUCCGGCCUCUGGAGGGGCCCCUGGUGGGCGCCCUGGACAUGGGUGGGGCCUCCACCCAGAUAACCUUUGUGCCCGGAGGCCCUAUACUGGACAAGAGCACCCAGGCCACCUUCUGCCUCUACGGCUCUGAGCACAGCGUCUACACCCACAGCUACCUCUGUUUCGGGCGUGACCAGAUGCUGACCAGGCUCCUGGCUCAGCUGCUGCAGAGCAGCCCCGGCCCCCUGAUCCGCCAUCCGUGCUACCACAGUGGCUACUGGGCCACGCUGUCCCCAGCGACCCUGUAUGAGUCACCCUGUGUCCACACCACACCCCCACCAGGCCUGGCCUGGAACCUCACUGUGGAGGGAACAGGGAACCCCGGAGCCUGCGUCUCUGCCAUCCGGGGCCUCUUCAACUUCUCCAGCUGCGAGGGCCGAGGACACUGUGCCUUCAAUGGGGUCUAUCAGCCCCCCGUGCGGGGCCAGUUCUACGCCUUCUCCAACUUCUACUACACCUUCCACUUCCUGAAUGUCACCUCCAAGCAGCCGCUGGCCACCGUCAACGCCACUGUCUGGGAGUUCUGCCAGAGGCCCUGGAAGCAGGUAGAGGCAGGCUCGCCCGGGCAGGACCACUGGCUUCGUGACUACUGUGCCUCAGGCCUGUACAUACUCACAUUGCUGCUCGAGGGCUAUGGGUUCAGUGAGGACACCUGGUCCAGCAUUGAGUUCCGGAAGCAGGUGGGCGGCACAGAUAUCGGCUGGACGCUGGGCUACAUGCUGAACCUGACCAGCAUGAUCCCAGCAGAGCCGCCCGCCCGCUGGCAGGCAGAGAGCUACGGCGUGUGGGCGGCUGGAGUCGUCUUCGCUGUGCUGACUGUCGUGGCUACCCUCGGGGCCGCCGCCGUCCACCUCCUCUGGCCCCGGGGCUGA